UUCGUUGUCCUUGAAUUUAGAUACACUUGGCGUUAAAAACAUGCAAUUAUCGUAACCCUCAAAAUUACUCAUUUUGUAGAGCAGAACAAUGCUUUGCCACUUGAACAGGUCUAUUUACGCUCCUUAUUAGUCCUGCUCCAGCCAAUUUCCCUUUUCAUUCUUCUGAUUUCACUAAUACCAAAUCUCAAAUUGCGCAUACCAAAAAAAGGCUAUUGCUAAUUAACACAACACCUAUAUAUUAUACAUCGAUAAAGAACUGGAGGCUUCCAAGAAGCUCGAAUCAAUCCAACAUGUGCAGCAAUAUCUCUAUCCUCUGCCCCAUCUGCAAAAAGGUUGCAGCUCCACCUCGAGUCAUGGAGUGCGCUGAAAAAUCCGGCUCUUUCGUGAACGCCAUACCAUGCGAGACUAGCGACACUAAAAUCUUCGCCAUGAAUCCUUGUGUUCGAUGCAGUAACCCUGAAAGACCAUCGAGCCCUACCCGCAUUCUCACCGGAGACAUCCUAAGAGACCGGUGCUGGAGGAUUCCGGAAUGGCACCCUACAGCACCAAAGGAUCUCAAUCCUUCAGGGGUCCUUCCAAAUUGGAACUCCGAAACCCUGGCUCUCAAGCAAACCAAAGAAUUCUUCUUCGAGCAUAUCCCACGAAGCCACAGUUUGGUACUAAUGAAUCGACAAGGUUUACCAAGCCAACGAAACGGACUCCCAUUGUGUUUGGUGGCUGGGGUGAAGCAAAGGCCUGCACGUGCUUACCGGAGACCUGCCCCUGUUCACCAACGACCUCCGAGAUUUACACCUGCGACAACAUCACAACGACAGCGAGCAACAAUUGCUUGGCCACCAUCGGCGUGGAACAAUCGUCGUCGAAACAACCAAUUGGGACCUGCACCAUCAACGCGAGCUUCAUCACUUCAGGCAAAUUUUGCACCGGAAGGAACACCAACUUGUUUAAUCCCAGAGGGCAUCCGUCGACAAAGCAGAAUUCAACAUGAAGCUUCCCUCGCAUUGCCAUCCUUGCCAGAGUCACUAAGAAUACAAAUACCAGCGGAGGCAUGCGCUCCCGCCCAACCUCAAAACACAAAGCCCAUCCCCUCAUCCGCCACAUCAAUUCAUUCAGGUUAUCUCCUUCCGGGGCCCUCACCACAGGUUGAGACAUUCAGCUCUGUUCUACUCGCUCAGAUCCCCGCGCAUCACGAUGUGCGACCAAUUCUCACCCCGCCACCUCUCCGCAUUCCUACAAGACAACAGCGAGUCCAGGAACGCGAACGACGAAAAACUCUGGACCAAAUCCAAGAGCGAAUCCGACUGCGCCAAGAACGCGAGCGUCAAAUCCUAGAAAGCGAACAAAUUCGUGAAUUCCAACAACGUGAGGAUCAAAGAUCCCACUCAGAAGCCACACCCUCAACGAUUGUCAAUGAUGUGCAAUUCCAGAGCGUGGGACCUGUCAAGUCUAAGCGAAGUUUCAGGUUAUUUCCAAAGCUUCGAUAAUUCAGUCUUUUUCGGAGUCGAUAUUUGAGUGGCGAAUGAGUGACGAGAUGAGUGUUUAGACAAGUGCUUAGAUGAAUGUGGACGGUGUUCCUAACGAGCUGGUCUCAUUUCUAUUUCCACUCCCAUUUCCAUUUCCCUUCCCUCCUUUCCUCUUUUCAUUUUCCAUUUGUCUAGGCGCUUAUAGAUUUUGGUAUCACAAC